AUGUAUGAAAACGUUAUGAUCCCAGUUAUAUAUGCUCUCCUCCAGAUAAAUCAAGGGAGACAUAUAUUCAUUCAUAUAGUCAAAAAUUUUUGUACCCGUGAAGGUAUUUAUUUCAAUCCUCCAAUUGGCCAAACAGAUUUUGAGGCGGCAGCUAUAUCUGCUCUUCGAUUUGUAUUCCCAAAUAUAGUGAUCAAAGGAUGUUUCUUUCAUUAUUCUCAAGCUUUAUGGCGGAAAUGUCAAGCUUUGGGUUUUGUUAGAUAUUAUCUAAACGAUUCUUAUGUCCAUUUAGUUGUUAGGCGGAUGACAACUUUACCAUUUUGCAAGGAGGAGCAUAUGGCCGAAGUUAGUUUAUCAUGCUACUCAAUAGCAACUAAUAAUCCAUCCCUACUUCGUUUUAUGGAGUAUAUGGACCAUACAUGGCAUGGUGAAACUGCCUUAUUCCCUCAUACUAUAUGGACAAGGUAUCAUGUAGAUGGGCCCCGCACAAAUAACCAUCUCGAGUGGUUCCAUCAUGCCCUAAAAAGAAAAACAAGCAGUGCACAUCCGAAUGUGUACGUCCUAAUAAAAAUAUUGAUCGAAAAUCAGAAUUCGAACGAUAUUAAAUUGAUACAAAUUCAUAAUGGAUCGAUUGUUCGGCGGGCAAAUCGCACUUUUGAAAGAUUGAAUCAUAAAAUAGACAAUUUAACGUCUAUAUAUACGUGUAUAUGA